UGCUCGGGCGGGGCUCGGAGCUGCAGCGGCUAUACAACAUGCCGGUGACCAUGGGCCACGAAAGCGGCGUCAACUGCAUGGCCAUGGUGGACGACAGGAUCUACUCGGGCGGCAGGGACAACCAGAUCUUCGCCUGGCGCGGCCAGCCUGCGCAGGGGGGCUUUGAGCUGCAGCCCGACGCGGCGCCGAUCAGCCUGGCCAGCAGCAUCAUGUCGCUCUGCUACGAGCCCGCCUCGAAGUGGCUGUUCUGCGGCCUCUGGAGCGGGGAGAUUCAGGCGUUCUGCAAGGACCCCGUGCAGGAGGACAGGCUCACCGGCCACAGGAGAUCCGUCGGCGCCAUCGCGGUGCACAGCUCUGUGGUGAUCUCCGGCUCACACGACGGCACGGUCCGCCUGUGGACCAUGGACCCCCAGACGCGCCGCUUCAGAUGCCACGGGCAGCCUCUGGAGAACCCGUCAGGCCCAGUCGCCUGUCUGAAGGUGCUCGGCGACGGCCUCUGGGUGGGGGGGCAGAACGGGUUGACCUGCUUCGACCUGAACACCUUGCAGGCGAGGGGCACGAUCCCCUCGGUGCAUCAGGUCACGCGGCUCGUCGAGUGCCAGGGCUACAUGGUCGCGACGUUCCGAAACGGAGACUGUAAGAUCUACGAUGCGGCAGGCAACGAGGUUUUCAACCGCCCGUCGCGCGGGGAGCACCAGUCAAAUACAGCUGUUGAGAUAAUGGUGCACCCGGUCACGAACAAGCCUCUCCUCCUCUGCGGGCAACAGGCUGGGUACAUCACCGCAUACGACCUCCCUGAGUUCAGACCCAGGGGCAGCUGGGUGUGCAAGCAGAAUUCGGACGUCAAGGCCAUCCUGGACGCCAAGUGCAACGGCAUGUUUGUCACUGCCGGGGCCCACGGUGACAUCAGAGAGCCAGGGAGCGGCACGAGCAGGACCUUCCCGAGGUCCGCGCGGACUUCCCUGGCCUGGCGCUGGACCGCGCCCCCGCACCUCCAGCCUCCGCGCGCCGCGCGCGCGGAAGGGCGGUGCCGCAGGCGCCGCCGUGGCCGCGGGAGCCCGCGCCCGACCCUGGCAGCAGGUCGGGCGUGCCCCCCUCCAGGAGGAGUAUUCUAA